AUGUCGAAAACUACCUCCCCAUUCUUCGCGGGGCCUAAGACGGGCCCGUUGCCCACAACAGACCUGCUCUCUUGGAUGUUUGACGAUCAAGGUUACGAUUGUAAUAAAAAGAUAUAUAUCGAUGCGAGUGACACGACGAGGUUCAUCACUUCUGCAAUUGCGAAGAGUAUCGUACGAAAACUUGCGAAAGGUUUACGAGAUGCCGGACUAAAUAAGGGAGAUUGUGUGCUAGUCCAUGCUUUUAAUGAUAUCUACUACUCAAUGCUGGUUCUCGGUAUAGUAGCGGCUGGUGGUGUCUUCACUGCCACUAAUCCCGCAUAUACAGCGCGAGAGAUGGAAUACCAUAUCAAAGCCUCGAAUGCGCAAUUCAUUAUCACCGAGCCGGAGAUGCUCCCAACUAUCCUUGAAGUUGCGAACAAGAGCGACAUAAAUAUCAAGGAUAUCUGGAUAUUCCAUCCUUUGAAGGAUCAGAAAGUGCCAGCUGGGGAAAAAUCAUGGGAAGAGCUGCUGACAAAGGGGGAAAGUGACUGGGUGCGAUUCGACGAUGAAAGGCUAGCGCGGGAGGCAACCGCAUUCAGACUCUUUAGUAGCGGGACCACGGGGCUGCCGAAGGCGGUGGAUAUAUCGCAUCUGAAUCUUAUGGCUCAGCAUGUUGCAGUAAGCGAAUUUAAGCCAAAGCCAUACGAGCCGAUUUCCAUUAUACCGCUUCCCAUGUUCCAUGUGGCUUGUGUACCACAUGCCCAUGUAGUCCUCUUAAGGGCUGGUCGAACAGCUUACAUUCUGCGCCGUUUUGAUCUUGAGCUUUACCUCUCAACCGUUGAGAAAUAUGUAUUCGCUUCGUAA